UUAUUAGACAGUGGUGCAAAGACCAACAGAGCAGAAGUGACCAUGCUGGGCUCUGUGAUUCUCCUAUGGAUCGGCUUCAGCCUCCUCUUCCUCCUCUUCAGAACUAGGAGGCCCAAAAACUUCCCCCCUGGACCUUGGCCAGUCCCGAUAUUUGGAAACCUGCUGCAGCUGAACCUGGUCAAUCCUCUCGAUGAUCUCAGAAAGCUGUCGGAACGCUAUGGGAAGGUCUACAGUAUCUAUAUUGGGAGCAAGCCAGCUGUGGUGCUCAAUGGUCUGCAGGCAAUGAAGGAAGCACUGGUCACUCAGUCUGUGGAGUUGUCUGGACGACCAGAAGACCUUUUCAUAAAUCACCUAAAUGAGAACAAAGGGGUUGUCUUGACUUACGGGCCUGUAUGGAAGGAGCACCGGAGAUUCGCCCUAACAACCCUUCGGAACUUUGGCCUGGGGAAACGAUCCAUGGAGGAGAGGAUUCUGGGAGAGGUCUCCUACAUAGCCUCAGAUUUGGAAAAUAAUGCAGGUAAAGCUAUCGACUCGCAGAUCCUGUUCCACAAGGCCUCAUUCAACAUCAUCUGCACUGUCCUGUUUGGGACUCGAUUCAAACAUGAAGAUGAGUUUCUCCAGCACAACAUCCGCCACAUCAAGGAAGUCACAAAGAUUGUCAAUGGCCCCUGGGCUAUGAUUUAUGAAAUGUUGCCCCUGCUGAGGCACCUCCCCCUGCCCUUCCAAAAGGCCUUUCACAAUUUUAACAUGGUCAGAAAGUCACUGGCAGACCAGGUAUCCCAACACAAGGAGUCUUGGGUAACAGGAGAGCCACGGGAUCUAACAGACUGCUACCUUGAUGAAAUGGACAAGAGAGGAGAUGAUGGCUCUUCCUUCAAUGAAAAACAGCUGAUCGGUUAUCUGAAUGACCUCCUCGCUGCUGGAACAGACACCACUGCUAACACACUCCUCACAGCCUUUCUGUACCUCAUGACUCACCCAGAUGUUCAGGGUGAGUUCUCAGUUGUGUUUCUAUGGUUACCUGUGCAUGAGACUGAAAUGCGCACACCUGCAGCAGCCUUUAAGGUGGAGAAUGAUGUCUCCCAGUUCAGUGACAUGUGCAAUCUCUGCCUGUGUUAUCCAGAGAGGUGUCAGAAGGAGAUCGAUGAGGUGCUUGGGGAGAAGGAGCAGGCCUCUUAUGAGGACAGACACAAGAUGCCCUACACCCAGGCCAUGAUCCAUGAGACUCAGCGAGUCGCAGACACGGUGCCGCUCAGCGUCUUCCACACCACCACCAAAGACAUACGGCUGAUGGGCUACGAUUUACCCAAGGGAACCCUCAUCAUCCCCAACCUGUCCUCUGUGCUGAGUGAGGAAAGCCAGUGGAAGUUUCCCCACGACUUCAACCCCUCCAACUUCCUAAAUGAUCAGGGAGAGUUUGUGAAGCCAGAUGCCUUCAUGCCCUUCUCUGCUGGGCCUCGGAUGUGUCUGGGAGAGGGUCUUGCUCGCAUGGAGCUCUUCCUGAUUCUUGUGACACUGCUACGUCGCUUCAACUUCGUUUGGCCUGAAGACGGGGGGGUGCCUGACUACAGGCAGAUUUAUGGUGCCACUCAAACACCAAAACCCUACAGACUGGGUGUUAGACUAAGAGGCAGUUGAGAUUUUACAUUAGGUGCCUGUGGGGGUCAGGCCCCACCAGCAGAUGGCGCUGUAGUGCACAAUUAAUUGUAACGCAUAUCUCUAAAUGAAACCCAAUGGCGAUUUAAUGCAAAAAUCAACUGGUUCAAUGAAGAAAACUCAUAUAACGGUCACAAUUAUAAGGGUGCUGCUUGCAGUCAUUUUCCUUGGAAAUCACAGCUUUGUGUGUGUGUAUACGUCCGGAGCUGCAUUGACAGGCUAUCCCUUGUUGUGUGUGAUGGGGCCCGCAGCUUUUCAGCCACACGAAGCUGCUGUGUGAACUGGAUAACUGCGAGUACAUGGCCAGUUGGAAAAUUAGCUUGGGAUGUAAGCCAUUGUAAAUGAAAGUACUACUGACGCGAAGAUUUUGCCAAGCAACUUUGUUGUACGUCGCUCUGGAUAAGAGCGUCUGCCAAAUGCCUGUAAUGUAAUGUAAUGUAAUGUAACUUGCGGUGGGUCUUUUGCCUAGAAACUUGCAAUGGCAGCAGGUUCAAUUCCCAGGUCGGAUACUGCCGUUGUACCCUUGAGCAAGGUACUUAACCUGCAUUGCUUCAGUAUAUAUCCAGCAUUAUAAAAGAAGGUAAAAAAUAAAUAAAAUGCUAUGUAAAACUUCUGUAAGUCCACUUGUCUGUUAAAUGACUGUAAUGUAAUGUAAUUGUGGUUAUACAUGCAAUUCAAAAAAAUGUAAUGCCAUUUUGCCAUUGGAGGCAAAACUUGAAAUUAAACGUCUGGGACCGUAUAGUCCCACAGUUCAGUA